AUGCGCGUCGGCCCCUCGUGCGCGCGCGCCGCGUCCAGCGCGAGCAGCGCGUCCAGCGCGUCGCGGUCGAGCGCAAGCAAGCAAGUGUUACGCCUGAAGCACCGCGGACGGGACGUGUUUUUGAUCGGGACGAUGCACUACAACACGGCGAGCAUCCGCCUGUGCGAGGAAACGGUGUCGACGCUCCGCCCGCGGCUCGGUGCCGUCGUCCUCGAGACGUGCCCGAAGCGGUGGGAGAAGACGCUGACGUAUCAGCCCGCCGGGAGCGUCAUGCGCUCGGUGUUGGAUAACGAGUUUCAAAGCGCGGCUGAAGCCGCCGGGGACGACGCGGAGAUCGUGCUCGGCGAUCAAGAGAUCGCGGCGCUCGGAGAAAACUUGGGACGGCUCGUCAAGGAGACCGCGUUUGAUUUAUUGUAUCCGCCGCGCGCGUUUACGGGUGGGUGGAAGAGCUACGCGGACGACGUUCGCGAGGCGGUGGCGACGGAAAUCGACGGCGGCGACGAGGGCGUCGACGCGAUGGAUCUGUUCGGCGACGGCAAGCUGUUGCUCAACGCCCCGGUGUCUUUGAUAAGGUAUCCCUUGGCGUGGCUUUUGAAGUCGCCCAAGUUGAUUGUUCCGUUGGCGUCGUUUUGGUUGACAAUCGCGGCUUUGCCCGGCGCGGUGGAGGCGCUACCGGAGGGCGCCGCGCAGUCGAGUGCCGAGACGCUCGUCACCGAUUUGUUCUUGAUGCUCGAUUUCUUGCAGGUCACGCUGCUCUCGCGGUGCUUUUUGGUGGCGUUAUUGCGCGAUAGAAACGAGAUAUUGGCACGGAGCAUCGCCGACGCGUGCGAGCGCGUUCCCGAGGGAAACGCCGUCGUCGCCGUGCUCGGCGCCGCACAUCUCAACGGUGUGCGCCGUCGUCUCGUCGAGUAG